CCUAAGUCGCGUCCGUGACGCAUUCGGACCUAGAGGAUGGCGGAGCAGGAGGUAUUACGCGUGGUGCCCAGCGACUUGUUCCCUCUCGUGCUCGGUUUCCUGCGCGACAACCAGUUUCCAGAGGCGGCAAGCAAAUUCGCUAAGGCUACGGGAACCGUGAGUCUCCAAGUUCAACAGGACCCCAACGCCACUUCUCUUUUGGACAUAUAUAGUUUCUGGCUCAAUAGGUCCUCCAAAGCUCAAAAGCGGAAGUUGCAGGCAAACGGACCAGUGGCAAAGAAGGCUAAGAAAUCCACUGCUUCUGGUGACAGUAGUCCUAAAGGAGAGGCCAAACAGCCUCCAGCCAAGAAAUUAGCCACCAAGCCACCCGGUACAUCCCCUCAGCCUGGGAAAUCUGCCAUUCCUGCCAAAGCGGCAGAGAGUAGCAGUAGCAGUGAGGACUCCAGUGAGGAAGAAGACAACGAAAGUCAGAAGAAGUCUGCCCAGAAGGCAGCCAAGCCCCCAGCCAAGGCAGCCAAACCUUCCCCCAAGGCAGCUCAGCCUAAGAAAGCUGAAAGCUCCAGCUCUGACUCUGACUCCGAUUCUGACUCUGACUCUGACUCCAGCUCAGAGGAUGAAGCUACCCAGAAACAGAAGCCAAAGACUCCAGUUAAGACCCCAGUUAAGACCCCAGUCAAGGCCACAGCUAAGACUCCAGUUAAGACCCCAGCUAAGCCAGGAACAACUGCCCAGGGUGCUUCCAGAUUAGCCAAUGGCAAAGUGGGGGAAAGCAGCAGCAGUAGCAGUAGUAGCAGUAGUAGCAGCAGUAGCAGCAGUAGCAGCGACUCAGAUGAGGAAGAAGCAGCAGCAGCGGCUCCAGCCAAAAAGGCUGUACUGAAGAAGCCAACUCCGUCCAAGACCCCUGUGAAAGCUGCCCAGAAGAGUUCCAGCAGUGAAGAUUCCUCCAGUGAGGAAGAAGAGGAACAGAAACAGAAGAAACCUGUCAAGGUCAAGCAGGCAGGUCCAUACAGCUCUGUCCCCCCACCCCCUUGCACCCAGCCAAAGAAGGUGGGAGGGGACCAGCCUCCCAAGAAGAAGGUCGGAGGGGACCAGCCUCCCAAGAAGAAGGUCGGAGGGGACCAGCCCUCCAAGAAGGCAGCAGGCAACCAGCCUCCCAAGAAGAAGGAGGAAAGCAGUGACUCUUCUGAUAGCAGUGAGGACAGCAGUGAUGAGGAGCCAGCCACAGCUAAAGCAGGAGGGACCAAAGCUGCCACACCUAAGCCUGCAUCAGCCAAGGCCACUACGCCUACAUCAGCCAAGGCCUCUGCAGUAAAGACUACAACAAACAAGGCCGCAGGAAAGGAGGAGUCCAGCUCAGACAGUGACUCAGAUUCCAGCUCAGAGGAGGAAGAGAAGAAGCCUUCUCAAAAGACAGCUUCCAAACCUGUUGCCAUUAAGGCCGCUCCCAAACCAGCUGUUGUGACUCCAAAGGCUGCUGAGAAUUCUUCAGACAGCUCAGACUCUGACAGCUCUGAGGAUGAAGCACCGGCUAAACCAGCCGCUGUCACUAAGCCUGCCACCAGUCAAAAGCCUUUGCCCAGGAAAGCAGAUAGCAGCUCUAGUGAAGAGGAGAGCAGUUCUGGUGAGGAAGAGAAGCAGCCAGGGGUGAAGGCUACAGCCCCUCUCCCCAAACCCAAGGUGGGGGCCAAGGGAACUCCAUCUCCAGGGCCCAAAGUGGCCCCCCCAGACAGCAGUUCAGACUCAGACAGCUCCAGCAGUGAAGAGGAUGAACCACCAAGCAAAGUGAAUAAGGCCAAGGCGGGAACUGCAGCUGUUCCUAAACCAGCUUUGGCAAAAAAAUCGAAGGCCAAGAGUAGUUCAUCUUCUGACAGCUCCAGUGAAGAGGAGGAAAAACCAAAACCUAAAAAGAGCCCUGGCUUGGUAGCCAAUGGGUCUUGCCCUCCAGCACCGCAGAAUGGGAAGACUUGUGCUCACAAGGAUGAGAAAGAGGAGGAGGAGGAGGAGGAGGAAGAGGAAGGGGCAGCAGCCAAGCCAGGCUCUGGGAAGAAGCGGAAAAAGGAUGCCAGCCCUAGCCAAGAGGCCACUCCCCCUAAGGCGAAGAAACAGAAGCCUCAGACUCCAAACACAGUUCCCAAAACAAAGAAGGGAGAGAAAAGGGCAUCCUCCCCUUUCCGGAGAGUUAAGUCUGAAGAAGUUGAGGUCGACUCUCGGGUGGCUGACAACUCUUUUGAUGCCAAGCGGGGUGCAGCUGGAGAUUGGGGAGAGAAAGCCAAUGAAGUCCUGAAGUUCACCAAAGGCAAAUCCUUUCGACAUGAGAAGACCAAGAAGAAGAGGGGCAGUUACCGGGGUGGUGCCAUCUCCACCCAAGUCAACUCUGUCAAGUUUGAAAGUGACUGAGUGGAGAGACCUUGACUCUGGAACCCAGGGCCCAGCACCCAGUUCUGUUUGUGGGACUAACCGCUCAGCCACAGUCUGCACUUGACCACGGACAUGUUUUCAGUGAGGAUCCUUUGGGAAAUAGGUGGGGUGGUGGGGCAAGAAAGUAUAAGCCGAGGGAAGCAUUCUUCUGGAAUUGUGUUGCUUGGUUGUUAUCCCCUCAAUCCUCGGGAAUCCAAAUACAGCUCGACCUCACUUGAGAAGUCCCUGAGAGGUUGUGUAUGUGAAGCAAAAUUUGUAAUUUUAUAUUGAGUCAUAUUUUCCUAUUGACUUAAUCUUCUAACUUGCCAGAGAUGCACUCCCACAGGUAACAUUUUGACCCCAUAGACUUUCACAUUUGAGAACCUUUACUGUUUUGGACUGUAUCAGUUUGGGGGACAGCCUAUCUUAGGAGAAGCUCACCUCUAAGUUGGUUGCAGAGAGGUGAGUUUUUCCACAAAAUUUUUGUAGCACCAUCAACAUAGUCUGGGUGAAUUGUGACCUGCAUCUGCACUGUCAGAAUCAUUGAACUUUGGAGUUUUGAAAUAAUGUUCAUCCUCAAGUAAGAGGCUACUUGUUAGUACACUCAUUUUGUGUGUUUAGUUCCAUGUAAGCUUCAUAGAGAGCCAGUAAAUGAGCAACUGACAGUAAUUCUCCUAGGUCACUUAUUUCAUCCCCACCCCCAUUUCACAAGAUCUUCCAUUUAGAGCUGGGAGGGACCUCAGAGGUCAUCUACUCCAACCCUCUGCCCCUCCUUUCUCAAAUGAAGGGAUGGAGGCUCACAGAGCCAAAGGUCACCUAGAUGAUAAAUGUAGAGCCAGUCAUUGGACCCAGGUCCUCUUACUCCAAAUCCACUGUACUAUUCUACCUCCCAUUUCUUCAAACAUUCAGCCAAACUCAUUGGCCAAAAGAGCCCUGUGGAUGUACUCCUUUGAACAGUUUGGUUGGCGGUUUGAUCAUGGCCUGAUGAACUUCAAGGGCCACUUUUCUUCAUCCUUGAAUAUCAUGUUAGACCAUUGUUGGAGAGAGUCAUCAUUUAGGUUGGGGGCACUGACAUGUCUUGGUAAUAAUCUUGCCUUCACCCAGUGUCCCCUCAGUAUCACAUUGAUCAAAUGUUCAAUGCAGUCCAGUGAUUUCUUUGACAUGCCCAGAAUGUUCACCCUAUUCUUAGAAUUCAUAGCCUUCUAAAUAUAGCAACAUUCAAAAAAAUCACCUUAAGUUCAUUCAAAAAAGAAAUUACAUAACUAUUUGGUGGGGAGAAGUCAUAAUACUUUUUUGAAUCGUCCUAAAAAUGUUAAAAUUUUAUGUUUUGUUUUUUGUUUUUUUUUUUUAAGUGAGGCAAUUGGGGUUAAGUGACUUGCCCAAGGUCACACAGCUAGUAAGUGUUAAGUGUCUGAGGCCGGAUUUGAACUCAGGUACUCCUGACUCCAGGGCCAGUGCUUUUGUCCACUGCGCCACCUAGCUGCCCUGGGUUUUGUUUUUUUUUUAAAGGGAGGGUGGGGGAGAAAAUGUUUUCAGUAGAGGGUUCCAUAAUUGUCCUCAAUAGAAUUUAGACCUCUGUAUCGAAGUUGACUAGGACAUGCUAGUAGGGGGAUGGGGAGAGGUAACUAUCAUUGAAGUUCAUUCUGCAGUUUGUUCAAUUGGUGUUGGUGUAAAUGGGGAGCAGUUCAUCAGAAUGUUAUUUUUAUUGACCCCCAAAGUUGUCUGUGAUAAUCCAGUACUUGGACUUUACUUUUGAGUAGAUAGUAAUUAUUUGUAAUUAGCACCCUAAUUGUGUCUGUACAGCCAGCAUUUGCUAAAGUAUGUUUGAAAAACCACUCUUAAUGAGCUAAACUCCUCUUUCUCUCUAGUUUCACCGUUUUCUAAGCAAGCCCUUUUUUUUCCUAUAGCUAAUGAACUUCCAUCCUGCCUGUAGUUAAUGUGUUAAUCACAAAUUAUUUUUAUCUGCUCAAUAAAACAAGAUUUCCUGAGAUAAUGAGACCCUGAUUUCCCCCCCCCCCCCCCGCCCUUUUUUUGGUGGUAAUGGUAAUACCAAAAAAAAUAAGAGUUAACUGUAGACCACUGAGGUAAUUCAUACCAGAAACCCAAGUACUAAUUUGUUUCCCUACAAACAUUGAUUUUGAGAGAACUCUUCCCUUUUUGAAAUGAUUACAAACUUCAGAUUCACAGGAUUACCCGAGUUAGGACUUCACUUUUCAGUUCCAUGAAAGUUCUGUUGUGGCUUUAGCGUAAGUAAACUUUGGAGAAGCCAGGGCAGGAGUCUUGCCCAAGGUCAAGGUGGGAAUUAAUCCAGGGCUCUUUUGCUAUUGGCAAAUCUAGUGAAGGUUUAGCUGCCCACAUGUGUUAUGGGGAAAAGGGAGUGGGCUGUAGAGACUGGUGACAGCUCUUGAACAGCCCAGAAAUCUUUUCUACCUCUCCCAAAGGUAGGGGGUUUCCCAGGUGGCCUGCAGUUCUAGGAAUGAUUUAGUGGGUAGCACUGCUGUUCAUGGACCAGGAAAUACUUUAAGAAGGCUAAAAGGUAAGCUUCACAGACCCCUAGAGCUUAUCCCUGCCCUCUUAGCAAGAAGCCUUUAUGCUUGUUAGAUUGAUGGUUGGCUUCAGUGAUAAAUGGAAAUGUGCUAGUGUACAUUACACAUGUCCUUGAAGCAAAGGCAGGUCGGUGCCUCUGCACCUCGAGGGUGGUGGGAGGUAAGUAGUUCCUCAUGGUUUACAGAUGGUGUAUCAGCAUUUCCAAAACUAUGGCCUCUAAAUCUUGAGAGCCCCUGAAAAAGUCUCAUGAGCCCAUGCUGAUUAUAACCCUAUUCCUGCCUUUGUUUCCCUUGCUGUCAGGCAGGUAUAUUUGGCACUUAGACUUUUCCGAAAAGGAAAUUUCACAGUUCAUGGGUGUAGUGAGGCAGCCCUUGCUCUUAGAGUUCCUCCUAUCGCACCCUCUUUUCUGUCCACCUUCUGUCCCUCUACUCUUAAGUCUUCACUUCUAGAGUCACAGACUCAAGAGGUGCAGAUUGUAUAGUUUUCUUUUUUGAAGAAUUAUCUUCUAGUCUUUAGUUCUCUCCCAUUCCCUAGCCCUCCCAUUGAGGUGAAGUCCAAUCAGGCUCUGGCUUGACUUGAGCAAUUUGGUUUCUGGUCAGAGCCUGGAAAUCCCAGUGUAGUCUUGCCUGGGGCUGCCCCUUCUCCCUGCCCAGCUGGAUGUUUGGAGCACCUAUGGAAUUUGAUGGAUUGGAGUAUGCCUUAGGCUGUAGAAGAGAGAACCCAUGUGACAAGAGGAAAAGGUAGGGGCUGGUGUGAGUAGCUCUGGUCUCCAUGCUUCUGAGCCCAGCAGGGAACACAUUGGAUAGGUGCUUGUCCUGUGACUAAGCAUGGAAAAGGAAGUGAAACAAUCACCAAAGUCAUGGAAUCAGGGAGAGAGACUAAAGUGGACUGUGUACAAGAGAGUAGACUUAGGACAGCCAUAGGGGUGGAGGGUAGAUCCAGAUAAAUGAGCAUACAUGAGGUUGGUGAAAAGGAACAAGGCCAAUCCAGAUAGCCCUCCCUGCUUCUGCCAGGGAGAUUUUCACUUAGAGAAUCUCCAUCCCUUUUCUUCUGAUAACCUCUUAGACCAGCUGGGAGGAAGAAUCAAGCCUGGCUUCAGUCUCUACUGUAGUCUCUUCUAUAUUGUUUUCAUGUUUAUCUGCAUUUUCUAUGGUACUUGAUGCUAUUAAUAAAUGACAUGGCUAUUCACAAUA